UUCUUGAUGGAAUUGCAGAGGAAGUCAGUUGACAAGUUUAAAGGUUAAAAAGUGUUGUAGAUGUGUGCGAAGGUUGUGACUUUGUCAUUAUGUCAGAUAAAAACUCCACAAGAAUAAUGAAGUCCUCAUCUGAAGGUGAAAUACUUGACAGGGAAGAAACACAGUUAAUAAAUGAGGCUGCCGAUUUUACUAGAGCGAACUCUUAUGCAGAACCGAAGUUAAAACGCACCUUUACUCUUCCUAGGAAUCUUUUGUCGUCGAGAAUGAGUAAAAGAAGAGCUAAACAUAAAGAAGGUAAAGAUGUCAGUGCCUCAAAUGCGCAGACAAUUUCGGAAGUGCAAAAUACGGAUGCCCAAAAGUCAAAUAAAAAAGUGUUUAGAGUUCCUUCAUGGAAGAAGUUUAUAAACAAAGUGGUGCAUCAUAUGUCGACCGUAGGUGUUCCAAAUAAUAAAUAUGUGAGUGUUAAUUAUAAAUAUGAUAGGCGUAGACGAGAUACUGUAUCGCUAUCGUCAUCUGAUAUUAGGGUACCACCGACUCGCCCCGCCCACCUUGCAAAUCUGGUAAACAGUGACAAGGUCCCCGGUGUAACAGGACUACGUAACCAUGGGAAUACGUGUUUUAUAAAUGCAGUUCUUCAGUGCCUCAGUCAUACCGAUAUUUUAGCUGAAUAUUUUGUUCUGGACCAAUACAAAGUUGACCUCUCCCGUAGGAAUAAGUUGAAUUCAAAAAAAUAUGGCACGAAAGGUGAAGUAACAGAACAGUUGGCCCUUCUCCUAAAAGCUAUUUGGUCGUGUCAGUAUGACCCCGAGAUCACCAACCAAUUCAAGAUAGUUGUCGACAAAUAUGGUAGUCAGUAUAGAGGUAACAAUCAACACGACGCCCAGGAAUUUCUUCUGUGGUUGCUCGAUAAAGUGCAUGAAGAUCUCAACACGGCGACAAAGAAGAAAUACAAGAUUAUUAAGAACUCAUUUGGUCGACCAGAUGAGGUGGUUGCUGCUGAAACAUUGGAAAACCACAUUCGCUGCAACAACAGUUUUGUGCACGCUGUGUUCCAAGCUCAGUUUAGGUCAUCACUAACAUGCCCACGUUGUAAACGGCAGAGCAACACGUUCGACCCCUUCCUCUGUGUAUCUGUGCCUGUACCGCAAAACCAGACGAGGCCCGUGUACGUCACGGUGCUGUACACUUCGCAGCAGCCGAGACAGGUGAAAUUAGGUGUGUCUCUCCCUGCUCACGCAGAAGUACGAGAAUUGCGUGAGCUGUUGGCAUCCGAUACAUGCAUCUCUGAGAACCACAUGCUGCUCACAGAAAUAGACGAUUUUGGCUUCCAUCGCACAUUUUCAGACACUCAGCCAGUGUCGAUAAUUAAGGAGACUGACCCUGUAUACUGUCUGGAGCUGCCACAGCUGAAAGAAGCGACAGAGGACAGCGGCGCCUACAUCCUCUUGUGCUGGGUCAACUUGCUCGUUGUCGAUGAUCAAUGUGCGAGGUUUAGCAGUCCAUACACAAUGCAAGUUGGUCGUGAGACAUCUUACAAAGAUCUUCAGAAACUGAUCCUGAAAGAAAUGAACACAAUUCUUCAUGAUGAUGUUCUUGUCAAUUCACAGGAUAUUCCUCUGUUCCGCAUGCGCAUUGUUGAUGGGCUGGGAGGUUCACCUACGUUCCUGGAUCCCCUGCUCGACCACCCACUGUACAUGGAGGCUGUAGAUCAAGCACUUGCCCUGUGUGAGAAGGAAGCAGGGCCUCCUCAUCUGAAGCUGGUUUUAGAGUGGGAUCUCCAGGCCAAGGACAGCACAAUUGCUGAUGACAGUGACCAAAUGGAAGAACUUGCCAGUGUAAAGCAGCUGAAGAUGAGUACAGAGCAGGGUGGAACUGUCAGCCUGGAGGAGUGCUUUGAGUUGUACACACGAGCAGAAGUGCUGAGUGCUGAAGAUGCCUGGCAUUGCCCAUACUGUAAUCGCAAGCAAGAGGUAGUCAAGAAGUUGGGUCUGUGGUCUCUGCCAGAUAUUCUUGUGAUACACCUAAAACGUUUCAGACAGCAAUCCAAGCAGAGGUCUACAACAAAACUGACAACGCUGGUCGAUUUCCCUCUAUAUGGGUUCGAUAUGAACCCUCACCUGGCUGACCGACCAAACGGCCCUCCUCCUCAAAACCUGUGUUCACCGGGUGGUGGUGUCCUCGGCGGUCUCGGCUGGUCUCCAUGGAAACGGCCUCGUCGCACUCCCAACCGACCGGAUGACAAUGUGUACGAUCUGUACGCAGUGUGCAACCACCAUGGCCAGGAUCCCCAGGGUGGCCAUUAUACAGCUUUCUGCCGGAACCCAUACGAUGCCCAGUGGUACUGUUUUGACGACACUCGCGUGGAGCCCGUCUCCGAGACGAGUAUAGUGACAUCUGCUGCCUACAUCCUGUUCUACCAGCGCCGGGGACUGAGCACGGGGUCCUACUCGGCCAGCUCGGCUGCAUCCACCAGCUCGUCGGGCUCUGGGCUUGACCAUUGGGUCUAUCGGAUGCCUGCUUUCAACCACUCCAUUAGCCGCUCUCAGGAAGACCUCUCCAACAAAGAAUCGGAAGAAAAUGCUGCGCCCAAUUUCACUCGUGGUGCUCGUAACUACUCGACGCUGCAACCGCAACCGACAAACAAGCGUUCAGUGGCCACGGAGACGGAAGCCGACCAUUACUCUGACGAGGAUGCGCCACUUGCCUCUCCCAGGAGUGACUGGCCGAAGGAAGAGCAGAAAUCAGCUGAGAACGAGGUGCCAGUAGAAGUGACACAGAAGGAGUGUGCUGAAGACCAGAGGCAGGAUGUAUCUUGUGAAGCUGGAAUCCCCCCACCCCCACCGAGUGCAGAUGUCCAGCCGCCUACAGUUGUCACGGAGUCGUGUGUGUGACAGGAGGAGGACUUCGUUUUUCCUCACAUCACACUGCUGGCAUCGUUUCCCUGUUUCACAUUAAACAUAAGUUUCUAUAAGCAGAAGACACUUGUACAAUCUGCUUCGAGGCUGCUGUGAGGAUUUUAUGCGGGCCUGAAAUUGCUCUGUUAAACAUGGAAACAAACCAUUACACCUAAACCGUUACUCGUCGUCGGUUAUCGUGUUCUAGGCUUCUCAUUACGCGGCAUAUUUGCUUUAAUGGCAGUUACCUCACUGAAUUCCAAAGUACAACUAUCAUGAAGUUCUAUUUUAGAUGCCUCUCAAAAGUAAUACUGAAUGCAUAUCAUGAUGUAUUUUCAAGUGUAAUAUUCCUAUUGCACAGUUGUUUAUAUUUCAAGAUCUGUAUAUGAUGUAGUGCAGUUACAGAAUUUUGUAAGUAUGAAAAUGAUACAAAGUAAACAUUUAGUUUGGAAUACAGAGGAGAUUCUUUAACAAUGUUUCAGAUCAUUAUGGAGAUGCUACUUGAACAUGGAUCAUAUUCCACAGUUUGUUUUGAUAUUUGUACUGCAGAGAAAAAGCUCUUCAGCUAAUACAUUAAGAUCAGAUUAAUUGUGGCUUUCUAAAAUGUAUUCAUUUUUUUUAAAAGCAUGUCAGGCAUUUGUAAAUUGAAGCAGAAAAUCAAGUUAGAGGCAACCACCAUGGUUGCUAAAAUGUUAGCAGUUGAGCUGGUGACUUACUUAAGGUAAUUUCUUGGUGCAGUUUAUGGAUGGCUGGUUUACAUGUUCUGAAAUUAGCAGAGUGUUUGGAGAUACUUGCACCAAUAUUGAUGCACUUCAUCCAUAAAAAAAUUAGUUCAGACAAGAAUUAUUACUUUCAUUUUGUUAACUUUUUAAUCAAUUUAUAACAUACUGAUGGAAUGCCGAAGAUUUUUUGUAGAUUUUAUAAACAAUGCAGACAAAUGUGACUUAGUCAAGUAACUGAAACCAUAACCACCUAUCAGAAACUGAUGCAACAGUUGUGUACUGGAAUUUUCAACUAAGUUA